GAUCAAAUCGACAACAGCAACCCGAAAGAUUACACAGAAACCUUAGAGGGCAGUGAGUUCGUGUUAAUGGGGAAGGGAAUGACUCAGACAAGGAGGGUGGGAAAGGUUGUACAGCUCUGGGAAUGUAAUCUGUCCCUGAACUGCACAUGUGGAAACCGUUGGAUUGGUGUGUGUUCUGCUGUGUAUAUUCUCAACAACAACAAAAUAAAUUUAAAAAAAAAGAAAGAAAAAAAUAAAUGACACUUAGUAUUUUGGUUCUGAUUUUGAGAUCGUCAGUGAACCAGUGUUUCUAGCACUUCUGUUAUGUUACUUACUGGGCACUUCAAACACAACGUUUAAGAUGUGGCCCGUGCCUGCUGGAUUUUAUAAACUAGUUGAAGAAAUCAAAUGAACACAGAUUAAAUAAACAGAAGGGGAUAUACCAUGGUGUUUAAGGAAACAUCACAAGGCACUGUGCCCAUAGCAGUGCUGUGGGAGUUUUCGGAAGUGAGAGCUUGGGGGGUGGCGAUGGGCGACCACAACAGCCGCGGAAGUUAAGAGGUUCGGGGGAGACGUUCUAGGUGGAAGGAAAUCAUGUAAGCACAGGCACACACACAAAAUCUCAGAAAUGGGAACCCUCAAAAUAACUUUCUACAACUAGUUUUUUAAAAAAAAUUAUAAAAGUAAUAAAUGCACUUGGUUUUAAAAACCUCAAAUAAUGCAGAAAGGAAUGCAGUGAAAAGUGACAGUUGUGACUUCUCCUUGGCCUUCCCCUCAGCAGUGGAAAGCUAAAAUAAAAUCUUGGGAGCUGAGAUAGAGAAAUGGCCCUUUCUUUGGAAAUUCACCUUUGAAGGCAGCGGUUCCUGCUGCCAGGGAUGGCCCCAUAAAUAGCUACAACGGCCAGCCCGAGCUUCGCAUUCCUUCCGUUGUACAGAUGACUUCCUGCCCCCUUUGGGCGUGCAGGCUUGUGGUUGUUAAUGGGUUGUUAACAUUCAGUCUGUCAUCAGUCAGCAGGCGGAGCUCGCCCUGCAGGAGGCCAUCAGGAUUGCCCAGGAGUCCAACGAUCACGUGUGUCUGCAGCAUUGCUUGGUGAGGCCCCCCUCCUGUCUCCGGCUUUUGCUCCUGGAUUGCAUUGGCUUUUGGAAGGCCUCAUUUGAUUUGGGUUCCAAGGCCUUUGGCAGUGAACGGAGACUAGUUAGGUGGUUGUGGGAGUUUAGGAAGGGCAACCUGUAUUUAUUACUGUUUUUCUUCAUUCAUGGCAUCUGUUCUGCUUAGGGGCAUUUCCUGUCUACAAAUUUUAAUGCAACUUGCCAUGCGAAAGAGUAACCCUUUAAGCGCCACAUUUAACACUAACAUUAACAGAAAGGUGUGUGCCGUACCUGGUGACGGGGUGAGACAGUGUCCUGUAAAAGCAUCAUCACCCAGCGCAGGUAGAAUACAGAGUUCGUUACCCAUCAUCUGAGAGCUGCAUUCUGCAAUUUAAGGCUCUUUUUCUCGACCACUGGCGCCUCACUGCCAUCAGGGGUAGAAAAGAUCAAUGGCUUGUUUGUUUCAGUCUGAGAGUUUUAAUGUGUUUGACGGGUUUCAUUUAGGUUCAUAAUUCCUGACAGUAUUUUAGAGGAUUUAUUUUAUCCUUGUAAAUUGUUAAUUCUUUCUUGUGGCCACACUGGUAUUUCAGUGGAACUUUAGCCGUUCCCCUUGCCGUGAUGCAUUUUGAUGAUUUCUCUUACCAGAGCUGGCUUUAUGUGCUGGGGCAGAAGAGGUCUGACAGCUAUGUUCUGCUGGAGCAUUCUGUGAAGAAAGCAGUGCAUUUUGGGUUACCGUACCUCGCGUCCCUGGGAAUACAGUCCCUGGUGCAGCAGAGAGCUUUUGCUGGGAAGACGGCAAACAAGCUGAUGGAUGCCUUGAAGGACUCUGACCUCCUGCACUGGAAGCACAGCUUGUCGGAGCUCAUCGACAUCAGCAUUGCCCAGAAAACGGCCAUCUGGAGGCUCUAUGGCCGCAGCACCAUGGCCCUCCAGCAAGCCCAGAUGCUGCUGAGCAUGAACAGCCUGGAGUCGCUAAACGCAGGCGUGCAGCAGAACAACACCGAGUCCUUUGCUGUCGCGCUCUGCCACCUCGCGGAGCUACACGCUGAGCAGGUUCGCUCAUCAAAUGGCAUCUUUCUACCUCAGGGUUGCUUCGCUGCAGCUUCUGAAGUGUUAAAGCACUUGAAGGAACGAUUUCCACCCAACAGUCAGCAUGCCCAGUUAUGGAUGCUUUGUGAUCAGAAAAUCCAGUUUGACAGAGCAAUGAACGAUGGCAAAUACCACUUGGCUGAUUCACUGGUUGCAGGAAUCACAGCUCUUAACAGCAUGGAAGGUGUAUAUAGAAAAGCAGUUGUCCUACAAGCUCAGAACCAAAUGUCGGAGGCACACAAGCUCUUACAGAAACUGUUGAUCCAUUGUCAGAAGAUGAAGAACACAGAGAUGGUGAUCAGCGUCCUGCUCUCAGUGGCCGAGCUGUACUGGCGAUCGUCCUCCCCCACCAUCGCGCUGCCCGUGCUCCUGCAGGCUCUGGCCCUCUCCAAGGAGUACCGGCUACAGUACUUGGCCUCCGAAACAGUGCUGAACUUGGCUUUCGCCCAGCUCAUCCUUGGAAUCCCAGAACAGGCCUUAAGUCUUCUCCACAUGGCCAUUGAGCCCAUCUUGGCCGAUGGGGCCGUCCUGGACAAAGGCCGUGCCAUGUUCCUGGUGGCCAAGUGCCAGGUAGCUUCAGCAGCUUCCUAUGAUCCACCAAAGAAAGCAGAAGCUCUGGAGGCCGCCAUUGAGAACCUCAACGAAGCCAAGAGCUACUUCUCCAAGGUUGACUGCAAGGAGCAAAUCAGAGAUGUGGUUUACUUCCAGGCCCGGCUCUACCACACGCUGGGGAAGACCCAGGAGAGGAACCGCUGUGCGAUGCUCUUCCGGCAGCUGCACCAGGAGCUGCCCUCUCACGGGGUGCCCUUGAUCAACCAUCUCUAGCAAGGGUGACGCGGGCUGGGACCUGCUGUGUAGUGGAUACCAUGGUGGACUUGUUCAACCCUCCCUCCCUGUGAAUGACGUGUUUGUAACACCCUGUCUGUCUCUCUGGUCAAUAAACUUCAUUCUGAGUAAUUUUA